AUGGAAUUCAUCUCAAUGCUCACCAAGGAUGAAAAUCCACUAUCAAUUGCGAUUUUCACUUUGACAUGUAAAAUCCUCAUUUGGAUUGCUAGACUUCAAGAUUUGUAUUUAUGUUUUCGCUUCUUGUUUCAAUCAUAUUCUCAAUCCCUCAUUAGUACAUUUGAGGGCUGCUGGAGUAGUUUUGCCGGAAAGAGGAGAAAUGUGGAUGAGGCCGGUGUAGCCUCAUUCUUGAAACCAUGCAUCAAUGAAGACGUCAAAAACGAGGUAUUGAUCAAGGAAGAUAUUGAAAUAGUGAUGGAAAAGCUGGGAAUUUCUUGGGACUCAAGUGCAAAUGAGUUUGAAGGAAGAUUAGGCUUAGGUGAAAUUUCAACUUUGUUUGAAGAAACUGAACCUAGUCUAGAAGAAGUGAAGGAAGCUUUUGACGUGUUUGAUGUUAACAAAGAUGGCUACAUAGAUGCAGAAGACUUGGACAAAACUUUGUGCGCGUUAGGUUACACAGAAUUUUCAGAAUUGGAAUGCCAAAGGAUGAUUAUUGGGUUCAGCAACAAUGAAGAUAAACGAAUUGAUUUGAGACAAUUCGUGAAGGUUAUUGAACUCAGCUUUUGCUAA